GGUGUUAUAGAUGGGAAUACAAAAAGAGAAGUUGUGGGGAAACUUUUCUCGUGAGCCACCAUAUCCUUUUUGAUUCCAUUCCAUUUUAGCUAUAGCUAAAGUGCUUUUCUUUAUGUUCCUAUUCUCAACCUCCCCCACUACAAUUUUCAUUAUUUAGUAUAAUAUUAUUUUAAGUCCUCAUUUAUCUAUUUUCGCUCCAUUUCAACUCAUCUUGAUCCAUAGCGAUCCAUAGUUUUACCGCCAUGGCUGCAACUGCUACUUCCUCUCUGUUUUCAAUCGCAAUAAACCCAAACCAUGUUCUUAAGCCAAAGCGUUUCAUCCUUCAACCUAACCUUCCUUUUUUCAAAUCUCUCAAAUGCAUCCCUUCCAACACCUCUCUUUCCUGCUCCGCCGUCGCUUUUCCCGAAACCGCCGAGCUCGUCGUUCCUUCCAAGCUACGCCAUCUAGCCGAUGAGUUUCAGUCGUUACCUGAACCAAUGGAGCGGAUGAAGCGGCUGUUACAUUACGCGGGACUCAUAACACCUAUGGAUGAGUCGGUUCGCGUUGACACGAACCGGGUUAUGGGUUGUACUGCGAGGGUUUGGGUUGAGGUGAAGAUCGACGGCGAAGGGAAGGUGAGAUUAACGGCUGACAGUGACUCGGAGAUCACGAAAGGUUUCUGCGCGUGUUUGGUUUGGGUUCUUGACGGGUCUGAACCGGAGGCCGUUUUGAAAGUUUCCACGGACGAUUUGGUGGCUCUCAAUGUUGGUUUACCGGGAACCGGUCGUUCUAGGGUGAACACGUGGCAUAACGUUCUUGUUACUAUGCAGAAAAAGACGAAACAGUUGGUUGCUGAGAGAGAUGGGAAAGUUCCGUUUGAGCCUUUUCCUUCGUUGAUUAUUACUGCUGAUGGCUUUGUUCCUAAGGGUAGUUAUGCUGAAGCCCAGGCAAAAUACCUGUUCCCUAACAAGUUAAAAGUUGAUGAACUAGUCAAUGUGCUGAAGGAUAAGAAAAUAGGUGUAGUUGCGCACUUUUACAUGGAUCCUGAAGUCCAAGGCAUUUUAACUGCUGCUCAGAAGCAGUGGCCUCAUAUCCAUAUAUCUGAUUCACUGGUCAUGGCAGAUUCAGCAGUCAAAAUGGCAAAAGCUGGAUGCAAAUUCAUAACAGUGCUAGGUGUGGACUUUAUGUCGGAAAAUGUGCGCGCCAUCCUUGAUCAAGCCGGUUUCAAUGAGGUCGAUGUUUAUAGAAUGUCAAAUGAGCGUAUUGGUUGCUCACUGGCUGAUGCUGCAGCUACCUCUACUUAUAUGGAGUAUCUGGAGCCAGCUUCUAGGUCUACUUCCUUGCAUGUCAUAUACAUUAACACUAAGUUAGAGACAAAGGCAUAUGCUCAUGAGCUUGUGCCAACAAUAACCUGUACCUCAUCAAAUGUUAUCCAGACUAUUCUACAGGCAUUUGCCCAAGUGCCAGAUUUGAGCAUAUAUUAUGGGCCUGAUUCUUACAUGGGUGCAAAUAUUGUAGAAUUGUUCCAACAGAUGACAGUAAUGACCGAUGAAGAGAUUGCUGCGAUACAUCCUGAGCACAAUGUAGACUCUAUUAAAUCCUUACUACCACGACUUUACUUUUAUCAGGAUGGAUCAUGCAUUGUUCAUCAUCUAUUUGGCCAUGAAGUUGUGGAUACGAUAAAAGAAAUGUAUUGUGAUGCAUUCCUUACUGCCCAUCUUGAGGUACCUGGAGAGAUGUUUUCAUUGGCAAUGGAAGCAAAAAGAAGAGGAAUGGGAGUAGUAGGGUCCACCCAGAAUAUAUUGGAUUUCAUAAAAGACAGGGUUCAAGAAUCUUUGGAUAGAAACAUUGAUGACCAUCUUCAAUUUGUUUUAGGAACAGAAUCUGGGAUGGUGACUGCAAUUGUGGCAGCAGUUCGUAGUCUGUUAGAGCCUGCAAAAUCCUCUUCUCAUGGAGCAAAAGUUACUGUUGAAAUUGUGUUUCCAGUUUCAUCAGACUCAAUCUCGAAAACAACUUCUAGUCUAAAUUCAGUUGAAGUCAGUGAUAUCAUACCUCCUGUUGUACCAGGAGUAACUAGCGGGGAGGGUUGUUCCAUUCACGGUGGUUGCGCAUCUUGUCCUUACAUGAAGAUGAAUUCUCUUAGCUCACUCCUGACAGUUUGCCAUCACCUACCCGACGAAGAAAAUAUGUUAUCUGCAUACAAAGCAGAGCGAUUCAAGUUGCAGACUCCAAAUGGUCAAUCAGUGGCCGACGUAGGAUGUGAACCAAUUUUGCAUAUGAGGAACUUUCAGGCUACUAAAAAGCUUCCAGAGAAACUGGUUAAUCAGAUUCUUCACACCAAAGACAGUGGAAGGUUGGUGUGAUAAACUAUGCUGGUUGAUCAGAUUCUUCAUCCCUGAGAAGCUGGUUGAUCAGAUUGUUCCAGAGAAAUAAUGUUAUAUAUAUAUGCUGCUCUAUUGUGAGCAAUUCCACGUUGCAACAAAAGCUGGGUUUGUUAGAGGUGUUUUCUUAUUGUAUGGUAGUAGUUACCACAGCCAGAUUUUGUUGUAUGGUAGUUUUUCUUAGCGUACGAAACUUCUAAUAUUGAUUAAUAUUAUUAUUAUUAAUCACAAAACAAAGUUGGGUAUCAGAUAUAGAAAAAAGGAUGAAAUAGCAGCAUGUUGGGAUUAUUUCCCCCACUUGGAAAACAAAAUUCUAGAUACUUUCUUCUUUUAUAGCAUUCACUUCUUUAUCUAA